AUGAAGUUCCCCUACGGUGACAGCGACGAGGACUCGGAGUACUUCCAGCACUCGCUCUUCAUCGUGCUCUGUAACCGACUCAUGACGUGUGCUGUCGCAGUCAUCGUGCACCUGGGGAGUGACGGGAAGUUGGUAAUAGUGGGAAUUGCGAAGUACAGUGGGAAGAGCUCAAGGGAAAAGCUGAGAGGGAAGCAGACGGACAGAAGCAUCAUGAAGAAGAGCGGGAUGACGGUCGAGGAAACAAAGGAGCAGAUCAUCCGCCCACCGGCUCACAUGUCAAGGGAACGAGGGGAGGAGGAGAAGAGCCGUGCUGCGCCAGCAGGAGUGUAUCGGUCGCCCGAUCCAGGACAAGGCCGCGCGGGAAGGAGGCGUAUGGCGAUGGGAGGAAAGAGAUCGCCGGAAUGGUCGGAAGAGGAGGAGGACAAGGAUUACGAGGGAAGGUGCGUUCGGCGCUCGCCAGUAAGGAGGCGGCAGCCAGAGGGAGAGGCGAGAGGCAGGGGUAGUGAACGUUUGUCACCCAGCAACUCGGGGGCAGAUGCGGGAGCUCGGCGUGAGGAAGCAGGAGAAUACCCGCGGGUGGAAGGAGGGCUGCAAGGGAAUCAGGCGGAGAAGCAAGAAGGUGGGCAGAGGGAGAGAGACGUGGGUGGAGGGGUGAAGGGGAGUGAGACCAGCGUGAGACCUCUCCUGGUAAAAGGGCAGGAAGAGAAGAAGAAACGGGAAGACGGGAUGGGGCUGUACGCGAGGGAGGAAGAGGAGGAAGAGGAGGAGCAGGAGCCAGAAUACGGAUGUGCAGUGCUCCGUAGCAGUGAAGACAUGGGGCUGCACAGUGAGGGCAGGGGCGGAGGAAGGGAGCAGGUGACUGAGGAAGGGGGCAGGCCAGCAGCGGCAGUAGCAGACGGUAAAGGCAAAAAGAUGGGGGCUUGGGCGAGUGUACCAGCAGCAGUAGAAGUGGAAGGGAAGGACGAAGAGGUAGGGGCAUGGGUGGAUGUGCCAGCAGCAGUAGGAGCGGAAGCGAAGGACGCAGAUGGCGUGACAGGGGUGGGUGCAGUGGUAGCAGUAGAGAGUGGUGCGGAUGCAGCAAGGCAGGUUUCUCUGGAUGCAUCAGCAAGUGCUUUGACAGGGGUAGCAGUGGUGGGAAGCGGUGCAGAGGCAGUGGUGGGUGGCAUGGAAGCAGCAGCACCAUGGGUUGCUAUGGUUGCAGAAGUAAAGGCUGUCACCGACAGAGGGGCAGAGGGUAGUUCUGAGCAGGUGGGGGGAGAGCAGUUGGGGGCGGAGAAGAACGGGGAAGAGCAGAUGGGGGGAGAUCAGAUGGGGGGAGAGCAGACGGAGAGAGAGCAGAUGGGAGGAGAGCAAAUAGCGGAUUGGCAGACAUCGGGAGAGCAGGUGAUAGAACGCUGCUGUCACCCACGGCGAGGGGAGUUUGUAGCAGAGGAGGCUCUAACAGAGCAGGCUGUAGCAGCGGAGGCGGUAGCAGGGGAGGCUGUAGCAGGUGAGGCUGUGGCAGCGGGGUAUGAGAAAUACUGGCAGCAGCGGUAUGGUCUGUUUUCGAGGUUCGAUGAGGGCGUCCUAUUGGAUACUGACGCACCCCUUGUCACUCCUGAGGCCAUUGCUGGCCACCACGCUGCCAUGUGCGCUGCUGCUGUGGAUUGUGAUGAUGCCACUUGUCUAAGGGAUGAUGCUGCCACGUCAGCAGUAGGCGGUGGUGCUGGGAUGCCGGCAGGAGAUGGUGAAGCCACAUGUGUAGAAGAUGGUGCUGCCACGCGUUCUGCUGCCACGUGUGCUAUUGCCACGUGUGAUGGCCACACUGCACUGCCAAGCUCUAAGGAAGAGGUUUUAGAGCAGAGUGGGGUCCAAGUAAAAGCGGGGGAGGAGGAGGGGAAGGGGGAAGGUGAGGCGAUGGGAAGACAGGGAGGAGAAGAGGAACCAAGAGAUAGCUUCCUGGACGGAGAAAGGUGUGGGGAUGGAGAAAGGUGUGGGGAUGGAGCAGGCGAGCAGCGUUGUGAGCACGCAGCAGUCGUGGGGGGUGCAGCAGGCAUGGGAGGAGAAGAGGAACCAAGAGAUAGCUUCCUGGACGGAGAAAGGUGUGGGGAUGGAGAAAGGUGUGGGGAUGGAGCACGCGAGCAGCGUUGUGAGCACGCAGCAGUCGUGGGGGGUGCAGCAGGCAUGGGAGGAGAAGAGGAACCAAGAGGCAGCUUUCUGAAUGGAGGGAGGUUUGGGAGUGGAAGGCGCAAGGAGAGUUGUGAGCGUGUAGCGGGCACGAGGGGUGGAGCAGGGGUGGGGGGUGCAGAAGUUGUGGAGGGUGGGGCAGGCGUGGUGGUGGAUGCCUUCUGUGGGGUGGGCGGCAACACCAUCCACCUGGCCGAGCUGUGCUGCCCUCACGUGCUGGCUGUUGAUAUGAGUCUGCUGCGCCUGGCCAUGCUGCAAUACAACCUCGCCCUCUAUGGCGCCCACCUGCCCCACCGAGUGGAUGCUCUUUGCGCCGACUUCCUGUGUGUAGCGCCACAGCUUAAGGGCAGGCUGAUGUGGUCUUCCUGUCCCCGCCAUGGGGUGGCCCCGAGUAUUUUGACCAAUCAGAGUACGACAUAUGGAGCAUGCUGCAGCCAGUCAGCGC